GCCGGAAGUAGCGUUAGCAGACUUUAUUACAGUUGAUAAUUUGCAUAGGAAAACCGUUUAAAUUGAUAGUGUGAUGAAUGUAGUGGUGCAUUUUUGCACAUAAGCUGUUGAUGGCGCUAAUGCUACAUUAAAUUGAUUUUCUAUCCGGCCGAUGAAAACCACGGGAGGAGAGCGGUCACGAGCCGAAAGUAGUCCCAGCCCAACCCCCAGCGUUAGCAUUAGCGUCCGUCGCCAUUUUCUAGUCUCACGAUCGUGAAAGCUGAAAGAAUCCCCAGGAGUCAAGUGUAAAAAGCCACAAUGGUAAAAAUAUUCGUGGGGAACCUGUCGCCCGAGACCACAUCGGACGAACUGCGAGCACUCUUCUCGCAGUACGGAAAGAUAGCAGAAUGCUCCAUUCUGAAGAGUUUUGGCUUUGUGCACAUGGACAGCAAGGCAGAGGCAGAGGAAGCCAUCCGCAACCUCCACCAGUACCAGCUGAAUGGCCAGGCCAUGAACGUGGAGCUUAGCCGCGGCAAGACGCGUGGCUCCACCAAGCUCCACGUGGGCAACAUCGCCUGCACCAACCAGGAGCUUCGGGCCAAGUUUGAAGAGUACGGCGUGGUGGUGGAGUGUGACAUAGUGAAAAACUAUGCCUUUGUUCACAUGGAACGCAUGGAGGAUGCCAUGGAGGCCAUUAAUCAAUUAGACAACACAGCUUUCAAAGCCGGUGGACGGGACCAGCCCAAAAUGGCCACGGGCGCAAACGCAACUCCUUUGGGAAAGUUGCACCCCAGCAUCGGCGCUAAACGAGGCUUCGACGCGGGGCCCGGCGCCGGCAACGGCAUGAUGCCUAGCACGGCGUCUGCCGCGUCCUUUGCGACCUUACAAGGAUUCCAAGCUCCGAUGCCAUCAUCGACGGCUUUUGCGCAGACGCACCAGUUUAGCGCGCCGGCUGUGUUUUCGCCGCAGCCUCAACAGCAGCAGCCCGGCGGACAAGAUUUCAGCCAGAAGAAACUAAGGAAGAAAAGCCGUUGGAGUAGUGAGACACCCGAUCAGAAAACUGUCAUACCGGGUAUGCCCACUGUCAUCCCCCCUGGUCUGACCCGGGACCAAGAGAGAGCCUAUAUAGUCCAACUGCAGAUCGAAGACCUGACACGUAAACUGCGUACAGGAGACCUGGGAAUCCCUGUUAACCCUGAGGACAGGUCUCCCUCGCCGGAGCCCAUCUACAACAGCGAGGGCAAGAGGCUGAACACGCGCGAGUAUCGCACGCGCAAGAAGAUCGAGGAGGAGAGACACGCCCUCAUCACCGAAAUGGUCGGACUCAACCCCGAGUUCAAACCGCCUGCGGAUUAUAAACCACCAGCCACCAGAGUGAACGACAAAGUGAUGAUUCCACAAGACGAAUACCCCGAGAUCAACUUUGUUGGUCUGCUUAUUGGACCACGCGGUAACACCUUGAAGAACAUUGAGAAAGAAUGCUGUGCCAAAAUCAUGAUCCGAGGCAAAGGCUCGGUGAAGGAGGGCAAGGUGGGCAGGAAGGACGGCCAGAUGCUUCCCGGCGAGGACGAGCCUCUGCACGCUCUGGUCACGGCCAACACCAUGGAGAAUGUCAAGAAAGCCGUGGACCAGAUCCGCAAUAUCCUGAAGCAAGGCAUCGAGACGCCCGAGGACCAGAACGACUUGCGCAAGAUGCAGCUGAGAGAGCUCGCCAGGCUCAACGGCACGCUGAGGGAAGACGACAACAGGAUCCUGCGUCCUUGGCAGAACACGGAACCCCGCAGCAUCACCAACACUACCCUGUGUACCAAGUGCGGCGGAGCGGGCCACAUCUCCUCUGACUGCAAGUACACCAGUACCUUCGCUGCCCAAAGAGCGGCGGGUGGCGAGCCUCCCCAGUCGGCACAGGACAAGGCUCGUAUGGACAAGGAGUACCUGUCGCUCAUGGCCGAGCUGGGGGAAGCCCCGCUGCCGUCGUCCGGCGGGGGGCACUCCGGCGGGCAAGGAGGACCCCCUCGGCAUUCUGCGCCCAACAGCAGCCAGGGACCGCCGAGCCGGCCUCCCUGGGUGGGCUCCAGCUCCAACGACAACAGGAACUACCACAGCAUGCACGGAGGAGGCCCUCAACACUACCCUCCUCCAAUGUCCAGCAUGGGCAUGCCCCCCAACCCAAACGGCAUGCCUCCCCCGUGGAUGCAACCUCCCCCUCCGCCCAUGGGCCAUGGCCCAGGACCCCACGGACACCACAUGGGCAUGAUGCCACCCCCGAUGGGCAUGAUGCCACCUCCGCCACCUCCUCCCAACAAUCAGCCGCCGCCGCCCCCUUCCGGUCCUUUGCCGCCGUGGCAACAGCAAGCUCCUCCGCCACCUCCGACAAGCAGCAUGGCGACAAGCACGCCGAUGCCGUGGCAACAGAAUACCCCCACCACAUCCAGCCCAGGCACAGGCUCUCUCCCUCCAUGGCAACAGCAACAGCAGGCCUCGGCACCCCAGCCCCCACCUCCGAUGGGCGCCUCCAUGGUACCGCCGCCCCCGGGAGUCCAGCCGCCCCCGGGAGUCCAGCCGCCCCCGGGAGUCCAGCCGCCUCUGCCCCCCGGUGCCCCCCCUCCUCCGCCGCCGCCACCCCCUGGCUCGGCCAGCAUGAUGUACGCCCCGCCGCCUCCCCCGCCGCCAAUGGACCCUUCCAACUUUGUCAUGAUGGGCAUGGGGGUACCCGGCAUGCCGCCGUUUGGUAUGCCGCCGGCACCGCCGCCUCCCCCGCCCCAAAAUUAAAAACCCAAUGUGAAGAGAAGCGCCCACGUCACAUCCGAAAGACUGAGGUCAUAUCUAUAUCCAGUGAUUUUUUUUAUUUUAUUUUAUUUUUUGGGUAUGACACCAGGCAGUCAGACAAAUACUUGGAACAUUUCAGUCAGUUUGAAAUCCAAAGUUUGAAACGAAUAGCGGGCCAUUCGGUAGGAUUGACAGAUGCCCGGUGGGAUGCAAUGCGGUCGUCGACGAGCACGCAUUUCUAGUUUUGUACGGGUCCUCUAUUGUCAACGUGCGUUUAUGACAGAUAGGAUGUUAGUUCGCUUUGUCGAAAUGAAAGAGUUGUUCUCUUUUUAAAGCUUGUAUGAAUGCAAAAAGCUCCAUCUCUGUGUGUGUCUGUAAACACUCGUUCUCAGGCCUCAGUUCUGCAGUAAUAUGCAGUUUUUUGUUUGUCUACUGAAUAAAAACCUCAAAGGUUGACUUUGAUGACUCGCGCGUUUCGUUUCAAGAGUUGAUUAUGUUUGGAGCGGAACAAGUCCUUGGCAAAGAGUAAUAUUUUUGUAAUAAGAUGUGAUGUGUUUUAGUUUUUGAAGAUUUGUCUGCAUGUUUUUCAGUUGUGGCAUUUGAGUUUCAACAGGGGUGAAAAUUGGCCUCCAAAUCCCUCCUGGACUAUUUGAAUGUCGAGAGUCAGACUUGAUUUUUUUUUUUCUUAAGACUCUUCACCAGUACACCAUAAAAUAAAGCUCUACGGUUUAUCUUGCUUCUGCAAGGCCAAACAAACCAAGUAAUUGUAGUUCCAAUGUUCUUCCGUCACUUGUUUAAAUUAACUUGCUUGUUUAGAAAUAAACUGAUUCAUUGGACUGAG